AUGAGUAACCCCAAAGGCGUCGCCGAGAACAUGCUCUGGGGAGGUCGAUUCACCCAGGGCCUUGACCCCCUAAUGGUGCAAUACAACACAUCACUCCCCUACGACCGUGUCUUCUGGAAACAAGACAUCGCCGGCUCAAUUGCCUUCGCCCGUGCCAACACCAACUCCGGCCUCCUAACCAAGCAAGAAUUCGCCGAGAUCGAGCGCGGCUUCAAGCAAAUCGCCCAAGAAUGGGAAACCAACACCUUCGUCGCCAAAGAAAACGACGAAGACAUCCACACCGCCAACGAGCGCCGUCUCGGCGAGAUAAUCGGCAAGGAAAUCGGCGGCAAACUGCACACCGGCCGCUCGCGAAACGAGCAGAUCGCCACGGACAUGCGUCUCUGGCUCCGCGAUGAGCUCCGUCUCAUCGAGAACCACCUGACCGAUCUGAUUAAGGUCUCCAUUGCCCGCGCGGAGAAUGAUAUCGCUUACCUCAUGCCCGGUUACACGCACUUGCAGAAGGCCCAGCCGGUUCGCUGGUCACACUGGAUUCUCUCGCAUGCUACUGCGUUUGCUAGUGAGCUUGAGCGUCUGCGUGAAGUUAUUCGUCGUGUUAACAAGAGUCCGUUGGGUACCGGUGCGCUGGCGGGUAACUGCUUCAAUAUUGAUCGCGAGGCUAUGGCUAAGGAGCUUGGCUUCGAGGGUUUGCUGUAUAACUCCAUGAACGCUGUAGCGGAUCGUGAUUUUGCUAUGGAGACUAUGCAGUGGGGUAGCUCGUUUAUGUUGAAGAUUUCUCGCUGGGCUGAGGAUCUGAUCAUUUACAGUAGUUUGGAGUUUGGGUUUGUCCGUUUGUCGGAUGCUUAUUCUACUGGAUCGUCUCUUAUGCCUCAGAAGAAGAACGCAGACAGCCUGGAGCUGCUCCGCGGCAAGGCCGGUCGUGCCUUCGGCCAAAUGGCCGGCUUGAUGUGCACUAUCAAGGGCCUACCCACUACAUACAACAAGGACCUGCAGGAGAGUGUCGAGCCCAUGCUCGACCACAUCAAGACUGUCAGUGACAGCAUCCAGAUCGCCACCGGUGUUCUCUCCACCCUCACCGUGAUCCCGGAGAAGAUGAUUGCCGCCCUGGCGCCCGAGAUGCUGGCUACCGAGAUUGCCGACUACCUCGUCCGCAAGGGCGUUCCCUUCCGCGAGGGACACCACAUCUCCGGUCGUGUCGUUGCUCUCGCUGAGAACACCAAUGUGCCUAUGGACACACUGUCUUUGCAGCAACUGCAGGAGGUGGACUCGCGCUUCGACGCUGAUGUCCAGGCUUGUCUUGAUUAUGAGCGUGCUGUUGAGCUCAAGGAUGCUAUUGGCGGAACUAGCAAGCGUGCUGUUUUGGAGCAGACUGGUGUGUUGAAGAAGUUGCUAUAG